GCCGGGGCAGUCGCACCUUCAGCCCGCGUCGGCAGCGCAGCUUCGUCGAGGGCUCCAAGGGGGCCGGGGCAGGCCGUCUCCACCACUCAAGCACCGGAUCAUAAUUUCCAGUCAACUCAGCGCAAAGUUUGUCUCAGACACAGCCCUCAGAUUUUAUGCAUAGCAGAGUGGAAUUGGUAUUCGAAGAGGAAGGUGUUCAGUAUGGUUCUUGUCAGUGUGAAAAGUGCAUCUUUUGGAUUCGCCAUUCAGAAGAGCAUCUGUUUUUGAGAGGAUGAAGAGAAGUGACUUUGUUAUGAAAAUUCAUUCCGAGAAAUAAUCUGGCAGCCAGUUGACAGUCCCAAGGCCUUUAUCGCUAGACUCCACAUUUUCCCUAUCCAGUGAGUGUGUGAGGAGGCAGAGUAAUGGUUCCUCUGCACUGUCCCAAUACACACCUCCGAGGACAGAGUCUGGAUGGGAGGUAAAAAGGGCAGCAGAGAGGUGUGCUGGCCGACAGCUGAUUGCCAAUGACUCCGUGCUGGAUUAAAGUGAUCUGUGCCCAGCUGGACAGGAAGUGACCCUAAAGGACAUCAGGAAGAACUCGCCCGAUUUCUGCAGUCAAGUGGAGGAGUAGGAUUCCAGUCCUGACUCGAUAACUGUUUACCAGCACUAGGAUGGGAUCAGAUGACGCACUGUUAACGUUAACACAGUCCAGCAACGGAACAAUUUUACUUUCCUUUUACUGGGGCCAAGGCGGGUGGGAAGGGUAGAAACAGACCAGUUGAAACUGCAAAGAAGAAACUGUUUUCGCAAGCUGCUUUUGACUACACGGUUAAAAACCAAAUGUCUCAUUCCUGAUGGAGUUUGAUCACAGCUGAACAUAAGGAAAGUGAGCAAGGAUCUCUCUUGUAUUUCUCUACUGUUCACACUCAAGCCUUCAGAUAUUCCUGAGCCACCUACCAAGAGGAAUUCCUGGAAAACUCUCAUGUGACUGAUGUCACUAGGAUGUAAUUAAAUUGAAGUUGGCCUGGUAGAUUACUCUGUGAUCAAGUCAGUGUUUGGAUUAAUCAUAGCACUAGACUCGAAGAUGGAAGCAUCUCAAGUGGGUUCUCAGAUGAGCACUGUGAGCCCAGAACCCCUGCAGCCUGCUGUACCACCCUCUGUGACUCUGGGGCUGACCAUUGUUUACACUGCACUUUAUGGACUCCUCUUCCUCCUCAUCUACAUCCAGCUGUGGCUGGUACUACACUACAAACACAAGAAGUUCAGCUACCAGACAGUCUUCCUCUUUUUGUGCCUCCUGUGGGCUGCCCUGAGGAUGACACUCUUCUCAUUUUAUUUCCGAGACAUUAUCAAAGCUAAUUCUCUGGACCCCUUUUCUUUCUGGUUACUCUACUGUUUCCCAGUGUGCCUACAGUUCUUCACCCUCAGUCUCAUGAACAUGUACUUUGCUCAGGUGGUUUUCAAGACGAAAGCUAAGUAUUUCCCUGAGAUGGCUAAAAAGUUGCUCCCAAUACGAUUGGCUUUCCUGGUAGCAAGCCUGGUGUUUCUGACAGUGAAUUUAACUUGUGCCUUGCUGGUGAAGAUUCAACAUGAGGAGACCAAAGCCAUUGUCUUAGUGCGGGUAAUCAUCAACGACUCCCUCUUUGUUGUCUGUGCCAUUACACUGGCAGCCUGUCUCUACAUCAUCGCUAAAACUUCACCUUCGACCAACAUCUACUUGGAAUCCAAGGGAACAUCAGUCUACCAGACCACAGCUGUAGGAGGAUUAGUUAUCCUGCUGUAUGCAAGCAGAGCCUGUUAUAACCUAGUUGCUGUAAUGCGCUCACCUGCUACCCACGUGGACACUUUCGAUUAUGGCUGGUACAAUGUUUCUGACCAGGCUGAUCUCAUGUCAAAUCUCGGGGACAAAGGCUAUCUCGUGUUUGGUUGCAUCCUCUUCUUCUGGGAGCUGUUACCGACGGCCGUGCUGGUUUUGUUUUUCCGUGUUCGGAGACCAGCUCAGGACCUGGCUGGGACUGGAACAAUAAAUGGUCAGAGCUUUGCACCCCGCUCGUAUUUCUUUGACAAUCCCCGUCAGUUUGAAGGUGAUGACUCUGUGUGGGCCCCGGGGGCACAGAGUGAACAGGGCAGUUUAUCCAGCAGCCUCCAGCGUAAUGGCUGGUACGGGAAUGACCGGCGCAGCAGUGAGCCAACCUGGUAUGAAGGUGGAACCCAAAGUACCACUGCACCUCUGCUCUUUGCCAGAGACCAUAUCCAAGGCACAAACUACUACCACACGUUCUACUCCACUCCGCAGACGUAGAAUCUUGAAGCAUUCCAUGGGUUCACUCCAUAAACCCUCCAAUUUGAUGAGAGGCUUCUUUUUAUUUAUUACUGUUCUAAGCAUCAUCUUUUGCAUUUGCAGCUGGGACUGCUGUUUGAUUCUAAGCGCGUUAGCCAAACAAAUAUUAUUUCACCAGGCUUUAAGCUGGCUACCGAAGAAGAGGGGGGACCAUAUGGUGCACACCACCAUGACGUGGAUGUUUCUUUUGGAACAUUCAGUCUCAGUUGUGACUGAGUAGCUGCUGUCGAUUGCCAAAGCAGGGACAGUGUGGAGUACCAAGCAGGUCGUUGCUGCAGCAGCCUUGCUUGUACCUUUUCCCAUCAGGUCUGUUGGAUUUACUUUUCCUCCACUUCACCCAUUCUCGAAUGCACUGGUUAGUGCUGGGCUGUACUAUUACGUGAAAUAAAAACAGCAUACUGGAAAUACCCAGCAUGUCAGACAGAAAUUGUGCAAGGACAAACAGUUAAAUCUCAGGUCAAAGACCAUCAUCACAACAGGUGAAACAUUAACUCUGUUUCUCUUUCCACAGAUCUGCUUGACCUGCUGAGUGUUUCUAGCAUUUUCUGGUUUUAUUUGAGAUUUCCAGCACCUACACUUUUUUUUUAUCAUUCUACAUGCCUCCAUGUGGGCAGGUUGAGUUACAUUGGAUCUGGCCAGGGUACAAAACAGCUAUUGUUGGCUUUUGUAGGAACCAUCUUGUGGUCAGCGGUACUGUUUAGUGGAACUGGUUUAUAAUGGGCAGGAAAAUCUAUUUCCCCAUGUUUUGUUUUUCCCCCACCCCCACAUCUAGUUUCACCUCCAUGGUUUGCAGUUGUUCCUACAGGAGUGCUGGAGUUCACCUGAAAUUGAUCAUGAUUCCACGGGUUGUCUGUGAAACAGUGGGUUAACGGGUCAUGAUACAAAACUAAAAUACUGCAGAUGUAGUAAAAUGAAAGCAGAGAAAAGUUGUAAAUACCAAGAGGGUCGGGUGGCAUCUGUGGAAAGAGAAAUACAGUCAAUGGUUCACGUUAAUGACUUUUCAUCUGAACUGCACCAUUUGAUAUUGAUUGAGCCACUUAUCAGUGCAUUUCAGUGACUCAGAGGAGCCAAACAAAACCAUGAAUGACCAAAGUAAAAGCAACUUACUGAACCACGUGACUGUUAACUCACAGAGAACUUAAAAUUAAAGUCUAGCCGAGGAACGGUGGGGGAACUAGAUGACCCUGGAGAAGGGGACAUUUGUGCUUGAUUGGUUGAUGCCACAUCUUCCUGCAAGGUCUAAAGGCCGUGGUGAGAUCAGAUGCCUAGAUAACAGCAUAUGAUUUGGCAGCAAUGAACUGUGAGCCUGGUGUAAAAUGGAUAUCGAUGCUCUUGGUUGUGGAUUCAAUUGUAGUGAAGUCUGAUCCGACAUGUCUACUUCCCCACUCCAUCCCCCUGAUACACACAUCUUGGCAGUCAGGCACACCAGAUGGCAGAAGAUGCCAAACUUUGAACUGUUGUUUUUUCCUCUCCUCAGACAGGGCCACUGAGAGCAAUAGCAAGUUCCUUUAGUAGUUGAAAAAACAUCAACUCUGUGCAGGGCAGGGACGAACCUGAGACUCUCCUUGCCUUUGUGGCACCUUCUCACAUUGCACAAGAGUUGUACUACCCGGCCCACGGGGCAAUUUAUGGGGGAAUAAAGGAGCUGACAGUCCAUGAUGAUACUCCAGCCACAUGAUAACUUUACAUCACUGACAUGAUUCACAUCAAAUUGAAGGUUUAAGCAACACAUGUUUUCAUGUGGGGGAAAUUUCUUCAUACAGUCAAACAUUGCAAGCCUUUGCAAGUGGAGGCACUGCAGAUUGAGCCUCCCAAGUAUAUACAUUUUCUAAGUCAUGCCCAGCUUUAGAACCAAUAACCUGAAGACUUGCUGUUUGCUCUGUUUCUCACUCCAUAUAGUGACAUUUGCACUUGCUGCUCUUACAAAGCUUUGACACAAAAGGAUUGUGUUUGAAUGGAGCAGAUGAUCCUGCUAUUUAUUUUAAAUGUUAAUUUCCUACUGUACCUUUUGUUCCUGUUCCUUUAUCGCUGUCUGAUUAGGCAGCUGAAUUUCUCCAGAAGUAAAUGUGGAUUUCAGUUUAUGAGCACCAUGAAUGUGUUGUCCAGUACUGGGCAGUCUCACGUUGGCCCCAAGUGUGAACGUCAGACAAGACUUGCAUGGCUAGUUACUGAGACCAAGGGACUGACUGUUUUAAGUUUCCCUGCUGCCCUCUGGCUGACACAAAAUAACUUGCCACAGAUUAAAUGUCAAGCAUGGGGCAUUUGCAAUUUUAAAAUGGCUGCACUUUUGCCAGCUCUGGUUUCUCAAAGCUCCCAGAGACCCAUCUUGAGCUUCUCAUAAUGAGGGGCUCAAGUUGAUUGAAAAACUGACUAAUUUUUACCUUUUUAGGUUAUUUUCUCUCUUUACUCCGUGUCCUUGAAUGGCAUGGCUGAUGAGAUUUUUGUCUGGGUGGAGGAGGCAGUAGCUGAGAUGGGAAAUUACGUGGCCUACUCGCCCAGUGGCACAGUGAGUUGGAAUAAAGCACUGAGUUUGUUGCUUCUUUUCAUUUUGUAUCCAAGUGCGUGUAAUAUAUAUGAAUUCUUUUGAUAACCUGUUAAAGCAGUUUUAAAUUUGUACUGGUUACUGUACUAUAACUCAUGGAAGGUGUUUUAAUAAAAAUUUCUGCCAACA